UAAUUUUCGUUUCCCUAUUUAAAACACAUUGCUUCUCUAUAUCCUUACUUCAGAUACAAAAAACCUUUCUAUCAUGACUAACCAUAUUUCUCAAUGCAUAGUGUUCUCUUGCAUUACAUUCCUUCACCUUCUUUUCAUCACAAUAGCUCAAUCUGAUAACUAUAUCAUCCACAUGGACAAAGCAGCCAUGCCCAAAGUAUUCACAACCCACCACACAUGGUACCUAUCAACUCUUUCCUCAGCAUUAGAAAAUCCACAACUCACAACAUCAAGCAAUAAUCUCAACUCUCUAUUUUCUUCCAAGUUAAUUUACACCUACACACAUGUCAUGAAUGGUUUUAGUGCUAAUUUAUCACCAAAAGAACAUGAAUCCCUCAAAACUUCACCAGGCUACAUUUCAUCCAUAAAAGAUUCACACAUGAAACUCGACACAACACAUUCACCUCAGUUCCUCGGCCUCAAUCCCAACAAAGGCGCUUGGCAUGAUUCGAACUUUGGCAACGACGUAAUUGUUGGUUUAAUCGACACCGGAAUUUGGCCCGAAAGCGAAAGCUUUAAAGAUAAUUUAAUGUCCGAAAUUCCUUCAAAAUGGAAUGGACAGUGUGAAAAUAGCAUUCUUUUCAAUUCAUCUCUUUGCAACAAGAAACUCAUUGGUGCCAAAUUCUUCAACAAAGGAUUGCAAUCCAAAUAUCCAAACAUAACCUUAGGUUUAAACUCCACUCGUGAUUCACAUGGUCAUGGGACUCACACUUCAUCAACAGCAGCUGGAAACAGAGUUGAUGAUGCUUCAUUUUUUGGUUAUGCACCUGGAACAGCUUCAGGAAUAGCUUCAAAUUCACGUGUAGCUAUGUAUAAAGCAAUAUGGGAUGUUGGAGUUUUAUCAUCUGAUGUAAUAGCCGCAAUUGACGCGGCAAUAUCAGACGGUGUUGAUGUUCUUUCACUAUCAUUUGGUAUUAAUGACGUGCCUUUGUAUGACGAUCCUGUUGCCAUUGCAACAUUUGCAGCUAUGGAAAAAGGUGUUUUUGUUUCCACUUCAGCUGGUAAUAAUGGUCCUGCCCUUGAAACUCUUCACAAUGGAACACCUUGGGUCAUAACUGUGGCUGCUGGAACUAUGGAUAGAGAAUUUCAAGGGACCCUUACACUUGGAAAUGGUAACACAAUCACGGGGUUGUCACGUUAUAUAGGAACAUUUUCUUCCAAUAACGUUCCAAUUGUUUUCAUGGGUUUAUGUGACAAUGUUAAGGAAUUGAAAAAAGUGAAAAACAAGAUUGUUGUGUGUGAAGACAAGGACGGAGCUAGCCUUUUUUAUCAAGUCGAUAAUUUGGAUGAAGCAAAAGUUCUUGGGGCUGUUUUUAUUACAAAUGUUACAAACAUAUACUUUUCAGAAAAUAGUUUUGCAUCCAUCAUUGUUGAUCCAAUCAAUGGAGAAGUAGUCAAAGCUUACAUCAAGAGUUAUAACUCUAAAAACUCUACUUCAAAAGCAAGCAUGUCUUUCAUGAAAACAGUUUUUGGAAUUAAACCAGCACCUAGUGUUUCUUCUUAUAGUUCAAGAGGGCCUUCAAAUAGUUGUCCAUAUAUUUUGAAACCUGACAUCACUGCUCCUGGUACAAAUAUCUUAGCUGCAUGGCCCACAAAUGUUCCUGUGAUGGGUUUGGGGACUCAUAAGAUCUUCAACAAGUUCAAUGUGAUAAGUGGAACAUCUAUGGCAUGUCCUCAUGUUGCAGGUGUCGCGGCACUUUUGAAAGGAGCACACGGUGAUUGGAGCCCUGCCGCGAUUCGGUCGGCAAUUAUGACAACGUCGGACAUAAUUGAUAAUACUAAGGAACAUAUUAAAGACAUUGGAAAUGAUAAUAAAGCAGCAACUCCUUUUGCAUUGGGAGCUGGUCAUGUUAAUCCAAAUAGAGCACUUGACCCUGGUCUUAUUUAUGAUGUUGGUGUACAAGAUUAUGUUAAUCUUCUUUGUGCACUUAGCUACUCACAAAAAAACAUCACUGCCAUCACAAGAUCUUCUUCGAAUGAUUGCUCUGAACCUUCUUUGGAUCUUAACUACCCUUCUUUUAUUGCAUUCUUCGAUAAUGGGAAUUCUUCUUCAAGGACAACCCAAGAAUUUCAUAGAACAAUUACCAAUGUUGGUGAGGGAGAAACAGUUUAUGUUUCUAGCAUUACUCAGGUUGAAGGGUUCCAUGUCAGUGUUAUCCCAAACAAGUUGGUAUUCAAUGAGAAGAAUGAGAAACUAAGCUACAAGUUGAGGAUUGAAGUGGCAAGAACGACAAAAAUGAAGAAAGUGGCUUUUGGGUAUCUAACUUGGAUGGAUACGAAGCAUGUGGUUAGAAGUCCAAUUGUGGUCGCAAUACUCGGAUAGAAAUAGUAGAUUUUUAUAUUGUUAUUAUGAUUGUGUAUUGUUAUGAUGUUGGAGUAGCUAUUAAUUAUAAUCAAAUAA